UCCGUCGCUCAGGGCAUUUACCAGCAGUACAAGGCCGACACCGACUUGGUGGCCGAAUGGCUGGCUGUGACGGCCAAAACCCACGGCUAUGCUGCCACCGCCACUCCAUCAACGGCAAAUCCUCCAGCAGCCGUUGGGGGCAGGCUCAAGGGGAAAGCUCGAAAAAUGGCCAAGAAUCAGGCUGGUACCGCUUCCAAGAAGCCCACAUAUCUCAUCAAGAUCAAAGAGUUUGAGCCCUUGGCACAGUUUGUGUCCAAGGUGAAUGAUGUCAAAAUCCCCAAAUAUUUUUCUAUUGCACUUGAGCGUGUUAUACAAGUGCGAAAGAGCUUCUCAGACCGUCUCACAUCAAGCGGAGUGGAAUUGAAUGCCGCCUCCAACGAUCGCCACUCUUUCUUUGUAGGCGUACUCGAAAAAGUCCGUCAUCACUUGAAGCCCCUUAUGGGAGCCGUCUCAUUCAGCGUAGACGCCAAAGCAGAUGCCAAGUCGAGAGGUCUGGACGACAACUUCUUCAGCCCUCUGGAAAUCAAAACUUUGUGGGCCGACUACGCUUCUGGCAAGCUGGACCUUGCGGCUGUUUCUGUUGCCACCAACAUGGCCUUUGAACUUGCCCGCAACAUUGAAGAAGAAGUAGACCCAUUGUUCAGCAAACUGGACGGCGGCGCCUAUGUUGCCAACCUAUAUUUUGCCAGGAUAUGCAGUGCAUUUGGAAUCGACAUUCAUGAGGAUAAGCAGCGAGGUGACCCCUAUAACCUCAAGGCGUACGACCUGGCAGAUGUAUGCAUGAUGAAUCCCAUGACGAUGCUGAUUAGCUACUUGCAGUCUACCCAGCGCGAUGAGAUGCAUCUGCAAUCGUACAACGGCAGUUUUGGCUGGUAUGACGAGAAGCUGGGUGGUUCUGGAACGACCAACCGCCAGAAAUGGAAGCAAGACAUGACGGCGAUGCUGGAGAUCCUGCCAGACGUAAGUUUUCUGGCAUGGAAACUCGGGGCUUCGAGUAUAGUCGACGAGUUGACUCGUGGAAUGGCUUACAUGAUGAACGAGCCUAACAAGACUGCGCCUCUCUGGCUAUGCUGGGCCUUUCAGAUCUAUCUUGAUAUUCUGCAGUCUCUUGGCCCGGAGUGUGAUCGUGGUUACCGAGAAUUCCAGCAAGAAAGCCUCAAAAUCAAGCACUCAAUGCUCGAAAUCCCAGUCUCCAACAAAGAACGCUCACGGGUUCUCAGCGCCGCCACGAGAUGGGACAAGGACCCAAUCUGGGCAGCUCGCAAGCUGGUAUCAGACGCGGGCCUGUUCCCCAACGAGAUUGCGCCGGAAUUCAAGUUCCUUCGUCGCAACCCCUUACACUGCGGCCUCUUGAUACACAAUAUGCGCUCGGCCUUGCACUCUUCCGGCGGGCCUUACUUGGCGGGCCCCGGAGCGCUUGUGGGCGUGACGCAGCUGUAUCAUGCGCUUCGGAAGGAGAAGAUGCUUGCCGACAGUCUGGUGUGGGAGGACCUUGAAGAUCUCUGGAAGAUGCAGGGCAAUCCGUCGUUUUUCGUUGGCGACCUGCCGACGAACCGAGAAGCUUACUUUAAAAACUACUGCUUGAGCAUAGGCACGUCUGUUACUAAUUGGGCGGCUGAGAGGCGCAAAGGCAAGCUCAAGAUAAACGCGGCCAACCGACGAAACUUGAAGUUUAUGGGAUACUUGACCUUGGCAACGAACCAUCGCCUUGAGCACCCUGGAGAGCGCGUGCCGUGGUCAUCUGCCGCAGUCGAGAACGCUUUGAAUGAAGGCAUUCUCAAGCAGUACACGAACAGCAGAGAUCACAUCCAGCCAGAAUUCAAGGAUAAGGUGGAAGAGGCAAGAGUCGAAAAUGCACGCCUCCUCCCACCCGGGCUUAUACGCAAGCUGGCUCAGGGCCUCCAGGCUGAACUCCCAGGCAUCCGCUUCAACCUCUUCACCAUGCAUCACGAGGCAUGGCGAUUCCUAGAGAGGCUGAGCGAGGGCUAUGCGGGAAUCUUGGGUGCUGGCGUUUUAUCAAACAAGCCGGACGAGCUGCCAUUCGCCGCUGGCCUCCCGCUCGCGGUGGCUGCAGGCCAGAUGAGCCCUCAAGGCGACAAGAAGACGGAGCCGUCGGAUGCUUUGCUGGUUCUGGCAGCAGGUGUCUUGCGGAAAUUCUUGCAAGAGGGGCAAGGCAGGGCCGUUAAAGAGGCCAUGACCAAGACAUUGCAGCAAAGGGAUGUUGAGGGGUUGAAAUACGUGAGCAAAGAUCCGUGGGGAGUAGAGAAGCUC